UCUUGAACAGAUAUGAGUUCUCUCAGAAUGACUAGGUCUCUCUCAAAGAAGGCAACUUCGGUCCCCAAGAAUACUGUGACAAAUAAUAACCCGAUUGAUGCAGAUGAUUUCGAUAAUCUUGCACUUGAUGUGGGCUUUGAAAAAGGAGAACUAGAAGGACUUCUUAAUGAUGACACCCCUCCAACACUUGGGAAUAAUGACACUAAAAACCAGAUGAUAGGUAGGAGAGGGACUUCUAUUGCUAGAUCGAAUUCGAAAAUAAGCAAUAAGAGUAAAUCAGGACUUUCUAUCUUCCAACGCUCUAGCUUUAAUCCGAAUGGGAUAAGCAUGAAUAAAGGCAUUCCAAGUUUCUUGACUAUGAAUUAUCUAAAUGACAACCAAAGAAUGCAAUCAAGAAUUUCAAAUAAAGGAAUUUUUAAGAGGGAAAGUGGCCUCAAACAAGACAGUAUCUUCGGAAACAAAAGCAAGAGCAUAAAGAUGAACAGCACUAUCCAAAAGUCUAAGCCACAGUUACCAAUAGGCCUUUCAUUUGGAGACGAUGUUACUAAAUUUAAAUCAAAUAAAUUCAAUGAUCUCCAAGACAAGCCUAACGCUGGACCAUUGCCAGACUUUACAAAGACCACCUUCAAAGGAAACAACAUGUUUGGCAUCUUUCCUAGGGUUAACUCUGGUAUGAGCGGGUUCGAUACCCCAAGAAUGAUGACCAGAGGGCUCUCAAGUUCACUCCAAUUCAAUCAAGUUAAUGACCCAAUUGCGCCACAAAUAAAGGAAGACACUUUGAUUCUGAAUAUAAACAGCAAGAAGAAGAGUAGCAGGAAGGAAAGAACAACACCAAAGUCUAAGCCUAAAAUUAAAAAGGAGGAGAACAAAGAAACUAGAUGGAAGAAGGAAGACGAUAGAAAACUAUUCCCAGCAUUCCUCAAACUUAUUGGAGAAGCUAAUAUUACUCAGGAGCAGUUCUUGGCAAAAGAGACCAGAAUGUCAGCACAAAAGAAGGAAAUUCUUGAGAAACUUAAGGAUAAUUUCAACUGGAGUGGGACUAUCUAUGCUCUGAGAGAUAGAAUCAAGAAGAGACUCAAGACUUCUUCCUUCACAGCUAGAGAGAAGAGAGUCCUUCACCGUAAGUUAAGAGAACUAUAUGAUGGUAAGAUCACUAUUGAACAAGUAACCUCUCAUUUCCCAGGGAAGACUGUGGAACAAGUAGAAAAAUACAAGAAAGAAUUCUAUGAACAGGUUGGACUUACUUAAUCUUAAAAACCCAAGAUGAUAAAAUACAAUU